AUGAGCCAUGGAGGUGGGGAGAGUGGAAGAUUGCAUGAAAAAGUAGGUCAUAAUGUUAAGAGAAAAUCUCGUGCAAGUGGAGAUGAAUUUGCUAGAGCGAUUGCGAAGAUUUCUGUAACACAAAUGUGUGAGAGUCUGGGGUUUCAGUCUUUUAAGCAGUCUGCUCUUGAGAAGUUAUCUGAUGUUACUACUUGGUACAUAUGGAAUAUAGGAAAGGCUGCGCAGUUCUCUGCUAAUUUAGCUGGUAGGACAGAGGGUAAUGUUUUCGACAUUAUUCAGGGAUUGGAAGAGUUGGGUUUGCCACAGGGGUUUGCUGGUGCUUCAGAUGUUGAUCAUUGUCUUGCUAGUUCGGGUAUUGUUAGGGAGAUUGUUCAGUAUAUUGGUGAUGCAGAUGAUAUCCCAUUUGCAUAUUCUGUUCCUCCUUUCCCAGUUGCUAGAGAAAGGAAGCCUGCACCAAGUUUUUCCCAGAUUGGUGAGGAGCCUCCUGAGGAGCACAUUCCAUCUUGGUUACCUGCAUUUCCUGAUCCCCAGACUUAUGUUCAUUUGCUUGCAGAGAAUGAAGGAGGUGCUGAAUUUAAUGCAGAUAAGAUUGAGCCUCUAAGGCAGCACCAGAAGAUGGAUAUGUCUUCCAUGAAUUUGCCACAUCAGUUUACUUGCAAUGGUUCCGAAGGACCUUCCUCUGUUACAUUUGGUGACGGUGCUAGGACAACCCAAGGGACUGAGAUUAACCCAUUUCUUGUUGCUCCUCUGCAAUUUGGAGAAAAGGAAGUGUCCCAUGUUGUUCCUCCGGCUAAGCUUUCCGACAAAGCAGCUGUGAGAUAUCUUGUUGAGCAAACUCAUAUCGUGGGUAACCAUAUGUCAGUGCCGGAGGCAUUUGCUCCUGCCAUUGAAGCAAUGAAGAGUAGGUCAUGUGAUUCUGACAAGGGACAAAAGAAGGUGCUUUUGAAUCAAAGACCUGCUGUGCAAUUUAAGAUUGGGGUUGGAAAGAAUUCCUUGGGUGGAGCACUAGAUUUGAGCCCUCAGAACAAGGGUAUUGCAAAGGUCAGCACAUGGUUUGGGAAGGAUGGCGAGAAUGAUGAUAAGAAAAGGAAAGCUGAGAAAAUUCUAAAGCAAUCUGUGGAAAACCCAGGCAAACUGGCUCAGUUGUAA